AUGGCAGAAACAGUUCUCUCUUUUGUGUUAGAUCAGCUCUCAAUUUUUCUGCGUGAAGAGGGCAGAUUAUUGGGAGGGCUUCGCCAAGAGGUUCAACUCAUCAGGGAUGAGUUGGGGCACAUGAGAGCUUUCCUGGGAGUGGCAGAAACAAAAGAAGAAGGUGCUGAUCCCAGGCUCCAAGAAUGGAUCAAGCAAGUACGAGAAGCCGCUUAUGACACUGAAGAUGUUCUUGAUGAAUUCGUAGCUCGCUUUGCUCACCAUCAUGCAACAGGGUUCUAUGGCUCUGUUAGGAAAAUUUUCAACUCCAUAAAAACUUUGCGAGCUCGUCGUAAGGUUGCUGUGCAAAUGCAAAGCAUCAAGGCCAGAGUACUGAAUAUAUCUGAAGGGCAUCAGAGAUACCAAUCAGAAUUCGGCGGUACUACCCAAGCGGCCGAGUCUCUUGUUGCUGUUAACAACACAACAUGGCGCUAUAGCAGGGAUGAUGCACUUCUCGUGGAAGAAGCUGAACUGGUUGGCAUUGACAACCCCAAACAACAGCUAAUUUCUCAACUACUCGAGGGAGAUGAUUCCCAACUCAAAGUUGUUUCUGUGGUUGGCAUGGGAGGACUCGGUAAAACUACCUUAGUCAAAAAAGUCCACGAAGAUUUAGAUAUUAGAAGGCAUUUCCCAGUUCGUGCCUUUGUAACUGUCUCUCAACCAUGCAACUUCCAGGAGCUACUGAAAGACUUGACUCGGCAGUUACACAAUGAAUUGAAGAAACCAGUUCCAGAAUCGAUUGAGGCAAUGACUGCAAUUCAGCUGAAACAAUGUGUUAAAGAUUUUCUUCAACGAGCUGGAAGCCUUGCUUCUUGCAACAAAUCUCAAGAUUAUGUCUACAAAAUGGUGGCACUAUCUUUCGAAGAUUCAUGGACCCUAUUUUGCAACAAAAUUUUCAAAGGAAAUGGUUGUCCUGCCCAUCUAACACAUGUUGCAAAAGGUAUAUUGGGGAAAUGUGAGGGAUUGCCCCUUGCGAUUCUUGCAAUCAGUGGGCUUUUGGCUUUGAAAGACUUGAAUAUUGCAGAGGAAUGGGAGAUGGUUCGACGCAGCCUAGUGGGUGAAUUAGAAGGCUCUGCAUUUACCCAGAGGAUUUUGAAAUACGUUGUCUUAGACUUAGUUCAAUUAUGGUCAGCUGAAAGAUUUGUAGGUAAGAGGGAAGGAAUGACAAUGACAGAUGUAGGCUUCAAUUACCUCAGAGAACUUGUCAAUAGGAGUCUAAUUCAAGUGAUUCAAAGUUUUUAUGAAGGAAUCCCCUUCGCUUGUCGGAUCCAUGAUCUAGUGCGAGAAGUUGUUCUUUCCAAGGCAAGGGAACAAAAUAUGAUCGCAAUUACUACUGGACAAUACACAAGGUGGUUAUCUGAGAAGGUACGCCGUUUGGUAGUCCAUAGUAGCAGCAACAACACCGAGCAGCACCCAGAAAGCCAAUGUUAUAGCUUUAACCACCUUCGAUCCUUCAUUACGAUUGAAUCCAUGAAUCCACUGGUAUCCAGAACCUUGUUAUGUAAAGUUUUAAAGAGUAGCAGAUUGUUAAAGGUUUUGGAUUUGAGUGAUGAAAAGACAUUGGAGGAAAUCCCAAAUGAGAUUUUCAACUUGUAUCAUCUCAGGCAUCUGAACCUAUGUAGGACAGGGGUUAAAGCAGUCCCGAAAUUCAUAGGAAAGCUUCGAAAUUUGGAGUAUUUGGAUUUGCGUGAAACUGAAGUCAAGGAAUUACCCAUGGAAAUCCUGAAGCUACAAAAGCUUGAGCAUCUUAUGGUAUUCCAGAAUGUUGAUUCUUCUAAUGAGAGUCAUGGAUUUCAUGGGUUUAAAGCUCCAUCAAAAUUGGGAGGGCUUCUUGUCCUACAAUCAUUGACAGCCAUAGAUGCCAGUAGCGGAUCCGUAAUAGUUAAAGAGAUAGGAACAUUGACUCAAUUAAGAUGGUUAGGGAUUUCAAAUCUGAGAAGAGAAGAUGGAAAGGAGCUCUGCUCCUCCCUUGCCACCCUCACUAGUCUUCGGCAACUACACAUUGCUUCAAUUAGAAAUGAAGCUGGUGAUUAUGAGGUAAUGGAUCUGAAUCACCAUGAUCAACAACAACAUUCUCUUUCAUCUUCAAUGCCUUCUUCAUUUCUCCAAUCUCUUCGUAUGCUAGUAUUGCAUGGCCCCUUAGAAAAGAUGCCGAAAUGGAUAGCUCAUCUUCAAAGCUUGGUAAGAAUAGAUUUGGCUUGGAGCAGUUUAAGGGUUGAAGAGGAUCCGCUUGAACCCCUCCACCAUUUGCCAAAUUUGGUUACUAUUCAAUUUUGGGGAUCUUACCAAGGAGAGGGGUUGUGUUUCAAGACUGGAGGAUUCCUGAAGUUAAAGGAUUUGUACCUAAAGAAAUUAGAGAAGUUGAAAUGGCUGAAAGUGGAGGAGGGUGCAUUACCCAGUCUCCACGAACUGCGUCUGAUUGGACUCCCAUUGCUAGAGGAGUUACCUUUGGAUAUUCAACACUUGAGCCAUCUUCGAAAGCUGGGUUUGUCUGGGUUGAGUUCUCAACUGAUGGAGAAGCUAUAUAAUCUAAAUGAAGAUGGUGAAGAUUAUAGAAAAAUUGCACACAUUUCUGAAGUUGUCAUUGAAUUGUGGACAGAUGAGGAGGGAUGGAAACGUCGCCGGCUAUGGGGGAAGAAGAUGUAA